AUGGUUAAACUUUCUUUUAAGAAACUCAGAUUUGUCUUUGUGUUGAGAAAGUUGUUAUUCGUGUUACACUCUUUCUGGUGCAUGAGCUACAGAGCUAAAGAAGAAUCGAACGAUGUUUCAACACUUUCCAUUGAUGAGUUACAAAGUAGUCUCUUGGUGCAUGAGCAAAGAAUGAAAAUCAAUCAAGAAAAGGAAGAUGAACAAGUGUUAAAAAUUGCAGGUUAUGGUCGCGAUGAUGCCAAUAAUCGAGGUUGUGGCAGAGGAAGAUUGAGUAGGGAUCAGAUUCAAUGUUACAAGAGCCAAAAGCUAGGGCACUAUCAAAGGGAAUAUCUAAGUUGGCAAGAGAAUGAUGCCAAUUUUGCUGAAUUUGAUGAAAGUGGGGAGCUGGUACUCAUGGAUCAAAGGGAAAAUAUAAAGAGCAAUAGUCAAAAGUGGUUUCUUGACUCAGGAUGUAGCAACCAUAUGGUUGGAACAGAGGAAUGGUUGUUCAAUUUUGAUGAAAGGUUUCAUGAAUCUGUCAAAUUGGGGGAUGACUCCAAAAUGCAAGUGAUGGGAAGAGGUAACUUGAAGCCUCGCAUGAAUGACAUCAUUCCAAAAAAUUUCCAAAUUCCUGAUGUGCAAAGGAAAAAGCUAGAUGUUAAAAGUACAAAGUGUGUAUGGAUGGGAGUUAGUGAAGAAUCAAAAGCCUACAAGCUUUAUGACCUUGUGAAUAACAAGAUCCUGAUCAGCAAAGAUGUGGUUUUUGAAGAAUCAAAAGGGGGGGAAUGGAAUAAGCAUGACAAAGAAGACAAAACUCAAUCAAUCAACAAGAUUGAUAAAGAAUAA